CAAAAUGUCAAGCCAAUUCCUAACUUGUGUGGAAGACAACUUUCUGUUCCAGAAAGUAGAGGAUACAACUAAGGGAUCAUCUGUCUUGGAUCUUGUCUUGACCUACGGGAAAUAACAGGGGGCAGGUGUAGCCUAUAAUGUGCCUUCUGGACGAGUCUCUGGAUGCCGUGUGCAUACGUGCAGCCACGGCAUGUACAUGGCCAGGAAUGCAGCUGGGUGUCAUGGAGAGCAGCGCUUUGCGGAUACAAGUUAUAUAUCUGCUUUUAAGCUGAACCAUGAGUCUUGUACUACAUGAUCUGCUUGUUUGCUGCCAUCAACUUGAAAAAGAUAAAGUUACAGAGCGAAGGAAAGAAAUUGAAAAGUUUAAACGACUUAUCCGUGAUUCUGAAACAAUUCAGCAGCUGGAUCGGAAUUCUGAUUCUAAACAAGGAAAACAACUUAACUGGGAUGCUGUGUUUAGAUUUCUGCAGACAUACAUCCAGAAAGAAAUGGAGAGCCUCAGGCUGGCAAAACCAAAUGUGUCUCUCUCAACACAAAGUUCCAGACAGAAAAAGAUGCAAGAGAUCGGAAGUUUAGUCAAAUACUUCAUCAGAUGUGCCAAUAAAAGUUAG